AUGAGCUUGCCUGUGGCGGGGGUGGGCGGGGAGUUUUGUUGUAAGAUUCUAAAAUUCUUUUCGCAGCUACUCGACGUGGACAAGCCGCAGAAUGCGGGCAAGAGCGACGCGCCGGCUGCGGUCGACGACGACGAGAAGCGGGCGGCGGCAAUCAAGAAGCAGGUAGAGUACUACUUCUCGGAGGCGAACCUGACCAACGACAAGUUCAUGCGCACCGAGAUGGCCAAGACCUCCGAGAAGUGGGUCCCCAUCUCGGUCAUCAUGACCUUCAACCGCAUGAAGGCGCUGCUGCCGGGCGCCGAGCACGCGCCGGUGGCGGCUGCGAUGGCGGGGUCCGAGGUGGUCGAGGUGUCGGAGGACGGAGAGAAGCUGCGCCGCCUCCCGGCACUCAUGAAGAAGACGGUCACCCUCGGCGGAAAGGAGUUUGUCGGGCGCGCCGCCGUCGUGGCGCACGCGCGGCCGCUGCUCCAAAAGGAGGGCGAGCUGGCGGAGGAGGAGUGUUCCUUCAUCAAGGACCUGCUGUCGCACCACGCGAAGGCGGCCGAGAAGAUCGGCGCCGGCAUCGCGUCCAUCAAGGCGGGCUGCAACCCCAAGUUCCCCGACACGCGAUGCUUUGUGCUCGUCCGAGCCGACGGCAGCGAGGCGACAGCCUGCGCCGGCCGUGGUCAGCCGCCCGACUUGGGGGAAGGGGGCGACUCAUGCGUGCCUCGUGACGUGACCACAGGAGGACUUUUCGUACCUCAAGCGGGCACGUCGUAUGAGCCCGGCUGCAUCGUGGCGGUCAAGGACCUGGCCGAGGGAAGCGACGCCAGCUCGCUCAAGGAGGAGCUGCGCUCAUCAACUCGUGAGCGAGCGUGCCCUUGA